AUGAGGUUGUAGAAUUAUGGGAAAUGCUCAAAAUUGCAUGUGGAGAUUCUUUCAGUAGCCUGGCAAGGAUGGCACACUUAAAAUUUAUAGGUAAGACGUUACCAGGGAUCGGAUUGAGCAGUGCUGCCAGAUACAACAAGCAACUAUACGUUGUCUAAAUUAGGGAAAUAGUUGUUGCUGAAUGUACAGUACUACUGCUAGCUAUUUUAGCUUACAGAACCCACCACAACUGCAGAACGACAGAUAUCGGUAUUAACCUAACAGACCCUAUGUUUCGAGGAGUUUACAGAGGAAAUCAAAAACACCAAGGUGACUUUGAUGAGAUAAUUGACCGUGCUGUCAAAGUUGGAGUCCAAAAGUUCAUGAUCACGGGGGGGAAUCUUGAAGACAGCAAGGAGGCCCUCAAAUUAGCACACUCCAGAGAGGAAUUUUACAGUACGGUUGGAUGUCAUCCAACACGCUGCAGUGAGUUUGAACAGAGUGGACCAGAUCAGUACUUCACAUCACUGAGGGAGUUGGCAACAUCAAACAAGGGCAAGGUGGUGGCCAUUGGAGAAUGUGGAUUAGAUUUUGACAGGUUGGAAUUCUGUCCAAAAGAAACUCAAAUGAAGUAUUUUGAGAAGCAGUUCGACUUGGCUGAGGAAACCAAACUGCCAAUGUUCCUUCACUGCAGAAACUCGCAUAAAGAUUUCCUUGACAUCAUGAAGAGAAACAGAGACAGAUGUGUCGGAGGUGUGGUCCAUUCUUUUGAUGGAACUAAAGAAGACGCUGCUGCCCUUACUGACCUGGAUCUAUAUAUUGGCAUAAACGGCUGUUCUUUGAAAACAGGAGCAAAUAUUGAAGCGAUGAAGUCCAUUCCCAGUGAAAGACUGAUGAUUGAGACAGAUGCUCCAUGGUGUGGGGUGAAGAACACUCAUGCGGGGGCCAAGCACAUCAAAACUACAUUUCCCACCAAGAAGAAAUGGGAGGCAGGACACUGCUUGAAGGACAGGAACGAGCCUUGCCAUAUCAUACAAGUGCUUGAAGUCAUGGCUGCUGCAAGGAAUGAGGAUCCUGUGGAGAUGGCAAACAUAAUUUACAACACCACUAUGAAAGUGUUCUUUCCUGGAAGCUGAUUACUUUUCCUAAAAUACAUUUUCCCUGACCUAAUUUGAAAAUGCCUUUUGCCCUUAAGGAAGAGCAUUUCAUGCUACUCUUCUAGAGUGGUUUAUGUUUACACCAUCUGCCAACAGGCUCCAACUGCUCAUGUUAGCACUUGCUGGUGUCAAUCAGUGAAGUCCUCAGAAAUGCCUUAUCACCAACUUUGCAUGGAGAAUUUAGUUAGCAUGGCCUUAAAAUGCCUAUUUACUCUGUUCCAUCUGACUGUGCAAUCCACUGUCUCAUUAGCCCAGGGAGGGACGUUAUAAACUUGAUCUCCACUAUAAAAAUAAUCUAGACAUUAUCUCACAUUUCUUUUAGACUAACAUUUUGUUUUCAACAGCGGAGAUUUGUAUAAACCUUGCUGUCUGUCUCUCUGACAUUUGCAACAUUGUUUCAAUAUUCAAAUUUGAUCAACUGUCCCAUAGUAAUGAACAUUUCUGCUAAAUGACUUAAAUGUAAAUGUAAACAUUUCGGGACGAGAGGCAGGCAGCGUUUCUCAGCCAGUCGAAAUUAUGAAUCAGCUGACAUCAUUUUUAUGGAUAAUAUGCACAAAGAAAUGUCAAUUAAAAAAAGUACAACGAAGUGCAGCUAGUUUGCUAGUCUUUCCCUCUUCAGUCAGCUUCAGUUUGAAGUUAUUGUGUUAGCUGUGUUGUUGGCUAGCUCCUCUGAACAACAGUCUUAACGAGCACAUUUACUAUGCCAGGCGAAACCGUGCCUCAUUAGCUCAGUUAUGGAUGUAUCCAAAUAAAUGUUGCCACAAAACAGUUUAAACAAA